AUGCACCUGCACACGAGUGGACAUCGGUUCAACAACUUCCCAUCCGCACUGUACGCUGUUGACGUCACGUUUCAGCGGACGAACGCGCCUGCCCGAAGUUUCAACGAGAAGAAGCGCUUGUACAGCAAGAAGCAUGGGCAGUACGGCUUGAAGGUGGAAGCAAGUGUGUUGCCCAACGGCCUCGCCAUCAAUGUGACCACGGCUGUGCCAGGAUGCGUCGCUGACAUUGCCAUCUGCGAGUUGAACCUCGACUUUCACCAAGUCAAGCUGAAGAAGAUUGGCGAAGAAGAUGACAUGUUGGACGACGGCCCAAUGCAAGAAGAGUAUCCUCGGUCGUGGGCUCUGCUUGCUGACAAAGGCUACCAAGGCCUUCACCGCCAACUGCGUGCGAUCACUCCGAUGAAGCGACCAGCAGGUGGCCUUCUGUCUGCCGCCGACAUGGCCGUGAAUGACAAGAUUGCGAGCGAUCGUGUCAUUGUGGAGAACUUUUUCGGUCUUCUCAAGACGUUAUGGUCUGUCGUGGGUGACACGUACACGUGGAAGCGAGAAAAUUACGAUCUACUUCCAAACGUGUGUGGCAUUUACGAACCUCCAUAUUCGUUUCUUGCCUUUACGGGAAGUCGACGGAGAUGA